AUGACGACACAGAAUCAAUUGAGAGAAGGCUACGAUGAGUUGGGAUCCACGACCACCUGGAGAGGACGACCCAGUUUACGAUAUGUAGGGAUUGAGGCUUAUGAGUUCAAAGUUCUGGGAAUAAGGGUUUUCCAAUUCGCAUAUUUGGGGUUUUCUGGUUAUUGUCAGUGGCCUUUAUACGAUGAUUGCUUAUUUAGCAUUCAAAUGCACCAUGGUGGAAGACUGAUACACAAGUACUAUUUGAAUGGAACUGUUACUUACUUUGAUUAUGUGGAUAAAGACAAGAUGUCUUUAACUGAAAUAGACUGCAUGGCUAUGUAUUGGGGGCCACAUAGGAUGAUUAACAUGUACAUGGAUCAUCGGGAUAACCUCGAUGAUGUUCUGAAUAGCCAUACUGAUUCUAACCUACCAGAGUUAGAUAAAGCAAUUGUACUACAUGAUGGGUUGGAUGAAGCUACUUCCAAUGAGGCACAUAGGACAAGGAAACUAACUCUAUCAAUGAAUUCAACUACUGCCAAAGGCAAAAAAAAUGUGGCAGCAAUUGAUGAAGGGUGUGUACAACAUGAGCCAAACAAAGGUAAUUCCAACGGCAAAGAGAAGGUGGCAAAAGUUGAUGAAGGGAAAAUAGAAACAAAAAGAAAGCAGAAGCUGCAGCACCAUCUGCAGCAUAUUCAAGCAAUCCAACUGGAGUGA